AUGGCUAUCCUGAAGAUCGCCCGCAUGGGCCACCCCGUGCUGCUGCGUCCGGCCGCCCCGGUGGAAGAGCCGACGGCGCCGGAGGUGCGGCGGCUGGUGGCCGACAUGCUGGAGACCAUGCAGGACGCGCCGGGCACCGGCCUGGCGGCGCCGCAGGUGCAUGUGCCGCUGCGCGUGGUGAUCUUCACGGUCUCGCCGGAACGCGCCCGGCGCGAGGGCGGCGCGGCCGUACCACUGACCGUGCUGGUCAACCCGGAGAUCGAGCCGCUGGGCGCGGAACGCAGCCUCGGCUGGGAGGCCUGCCUGUCGGUGCCCGAGCUGGCCGGCCUGGUGCCGCGCUGGAGCCGCAUCCGCUAUCGCGGCUUCGACCUGGACGGCGAGCGGGUCGAGCGCGAGGCGGAGGGCUUCCACGCCCGGGUGGUGCAGCACGAAUGCGACCAUCUCGACGGGCUGCUCUAUCCGCAGCGGAUGGAGAACCUCAAGGAUCUGGUCUUCACCUCGGAGCUGAAGCACUGGGGCGGCCGAGCGCCGAGCGACGGCGCCCAGGAGACCCGAGGCGUCAUGACGGAGCAAGAGGCGAUCGCGGCCCAGCGCCGGGAGCUGAUGGAGGCGGCGCUGCCGCACGUCGCCUUCGACGGUUGGAGCGAGCAGGCGCUGGUCGCCGGGGCCCGCGACCUGGCGCUCUCGCCGGCCGAGGCGCGCAACCUCUUCCCCGACGGUGCGCGCGAGCUGCUGGAGCUGUUCAGCGCCGAGCUGGACCGGCGGAUGCUGGAGGAGAUGGAACGCCAGCCGCUCGCCGAGAUGCGGGUGCGCGACAAGGUCGCCCUGGGGGUGCGCACCCGGCUGGAGCUGCUGGAGCCCUACCGCGAGGAGGUGCAGCGCGGCCUCUCCUUCCUGGCGCUGCCGCCGAACGCGCUGCUCGGCAGCAAGCUGGUCUGGCGCACGGUGGACGCCAUCUGGUACGCCGCCGGCGACACCGGCCAUGCCGCGACCUGGGACUUCCUCGACCGGCGCAUCGGCGACGUGCUGAAGGUCGGCGGGCGCCUGGGCAAGUCGAUCCAGCGUGCACUCGACGCCCCUAGCAGCCUGUUCGGGCGCCGCUCGCGCCUGCGCCCGCGGGUCUAG